GGUUACCAUUGAAUAUUGAAUUAUUAUUAUGAUUAUCAAAGAUUUCUGGAACGUUCGAAACCUACGGGUUUAAACCUGCUCUCGAGUGGUCGAGUGUAUACGGAUCUACGAAAAAAUCGUUUGUGCUACCAGCGAUUUCAUGUCAGAGUGAAGGGGGAAUGACGGGGGGAAUGUUACGAGAUCUUAUUUUAACGGCAUAUCUUCGUUACAGUAUUCUUAAAUUUCAAGACUAGUAAAACAUCGAGAUGGCAGGAAAACCACACGAAAAUAAUCCCUGGUCAACGCUAUCGACAGUGAGCACAUUUGAUAAAGGUAAUCAUUCAUGGACAACACGGUACAUAGAAGAAUCAGACGUCCAGACCAGCGGACAAAUUGUUGGCCGUGUCGCACCAGCCACAAGUUUGCUCAUUGAAUCGCUCAUACAACAAUUAUGCACAAUGUUCGAGGGUGAUACUCUUAGAAGGAACAAGCUUUAUUACGCAAUUUGCGAUAGACUCCACGAAAUGAAACUCAUCGAUGGAUCCUACAAUAAAAUAGAAUUUGAAACAAUGAGAGGACAAUAUCAAGUUGCUCUCUAUAAAUUGGUCGCUGUUGCCAGAGCUUUGACCGGCAGCGAAAGUUCACUUCAAGUACCAAACUGCUUAAUUGCCGAAUGCUCACGGUAUCGUCGAGAAUUUAACGAAAUCGGUUUCAUAGCCGCGGGUGGAUUCGGAGACGUAUUCAAAGCCCAGCAUCGUUUGGACGGUAACGUGUACGCGAUUAAAAAAAUAAUUGUACGUUCAGGGCGGGUUAAAACGAUAAUGAAACAUCUGGAAGAAGUGAAAACGAUAGCAAGACUGAACCACACAAACAUAGUAUCGUACAAAGGUGCAUGGAUUGAACAAAGUUUAGCAGCGACUUUCAUUCGAAAUUUGCCAGCGUGUGAUGGUCGUUCCGAUGAAAAGUCAUUUGAUUCGAAAAAUAUUAGCACCGAAAAGUCAGAAGAACGAAACGAUUCUUCGUCGAGCAUUGAAUCGUGCCAAAGUGAGAGUGAAUCGCCUAGUGAGAGUAAUAAACCGAGUAAUACGGAGAAAUAUACAUACACAACUGGUCGACGAAUAUCUGAAAGACUGAGUUCUAGGCUGGACGACGAAGAGGAAGAUUCUGAUGUUGUAUCAUUUCGCAGCGAAACACGAGAGAGCAAAAUUAUCAAUAGCCAUGGUAAUAUGAGUCAUAAAAGGGAGAGCAGUACUGAGGAAACCAAUGGCAUGGAUAAUGUAGAUGAUAGCGAGUCUUGUGAAGAAACAACCAGUGGACGCCAACUAUGUACAUUAAACUCUUCGUCGUCACCAAAAUUUGCAACUCUUUACAUCCAAAUGGCUCUGUGCGAUCAAACGCUUCGUCAGUGGCUCGACGAGAGAAACGAGCCUACGCCGACGCACAUUGUCACUGCCAUUGUAACACAAAUCCUCAAUGGUCUCGAAUAUAUUCAUUCCUUAGACAUUGUUCAUCAUGACAUUAAACCAAGCAACAUAUUCAUCUCAAAAUCUGGCAAUCUACAAAUUCAGUUAGGAGAUUUUGGCUUAGCCUGUCCCCUCCAGAGAGAAGGACAUCAUUCGGCGCUUGGGACACCAACCUACGCUGCACCUGAACAAUUGAGAGGCAUUUGUGACCCAAAGAGUGACGUUUACAGUGUUGGAAUAGUUUUGUUAGAACUUUUGGUUCCUAUGCAAACCCAUAUGGAACGAAGCAGAGUGAUGACUGCGUUAAAAAAGGGUCAGCUACCUGCGUCGUUGAAUGUAAAUUAUCCACAGUGGGCUCAAGUGAUCCUAAAAUUGGUCCAAGAAAAUUCAAAGAAACGUCCCUCGCCGACUGAGCUAUUGAAAAUUCUGAGCGAAGACAAAGAUUCCAUAAUAGCGAGAUUGAAAGAGGAAAACGAUAAGAAAGAUGAUUUAAUACACGAACUCCAGGAUAAAAUAGCAUCAUUGAAAGCGACCAUUGAAAAACUAAAAAUUUCAUCAGACUAUACGUAAUGUGAUUGGAAAAUCUUUCGAUUACAAUCAAGCAAUCUUGGAUGCCAUAAAUCAAAGAGAUUAUUUGGGAAAUCACGAUAAAAUGAAUUCUUCAAACGAUCGAAGACGAUCGGACAACAUUUUUCUUCACGUUUCGUAAAUAUUGCAGUAGUACUUAAUAUUUAUUAUUACGAAAGACAAAACGAAAUCGUGGCUACUUGUUUAUUUUUGAAUGAAGACCACUUUACGACGAAUUUCCAAAGAAAGUGUUGUCUAAGUAAUUUAUAGGCGAAGCGUGAUUCAAUAUUACGUAGUAGUGAUGUAAAUGAUAAAAUAUGUAUUAUAUUUACAAUGAGGCCUUGUGAUAUUCUACGUGAUGAAGAUGGUCUGAACUUUCGGCUUCUACAAUAUUUAUAAUAAAGUCACUAAUUUUUAUACAUA